AUGACCGCCUCGCCGGUGUUGCUGGCGGUGCAAACGCUGUGGCCUAUUGUAUUGUGCUUGGAGAUGGUCCACGGGGCCUGGCUGCGGGCUGCGUGGUGUUCGCCCUCGCACAGGCUGGCUGUCGACGCAGGGGAGCUUCACGACUGGCUCCUGGGCUGCCUCUUCGUCGGCGCCUGCCUCGCGGUGGCCUCGAUGGUGCUCGGGUCUCUGCGGUGUCUCAGGGUCUUCCCCAGGACGGCCGAGCAGCACAGGCGGUACCUCUUCACCCGGUCGCUCCAGCACGUCGUGAACCGUUGGUUAAUUUGCUACGCCCUCCAGGUGCUGCUCGUAGGCUACGCACUCUGGAUCCAGUCGAGCCGGUGGGGCGCGGCCUCGGACGCCUCGGAGUCAGAGCCCACGAGCCACGCGCAGUGGGUGCGCGCCCUCUGCUACCACUACGCGAGCGGCUCGGGCGCGAGCCCAGCGACGUGCUCGGACUGCCAGGGCGACCUUCUGGGCGCGCCUGGGCUGGCGUGGUACGAGACCGGGGCGAAUUCCCUGUACCUCAACACCACCUGGGCCCGCGAGCACGCCAGCUGGGCCUGGUCGCCACCUGCCGGCGCCCCGCCGGCGGGCGCCGGCGUGCCGUAUCCCGGCUGGCCGCCCGGAUCCGGCCGCUUCGCGUAUGCGGCCGCCUCCCUGGGGGUCUCGGGCAUCGUCCUGGUCAGCGCCGGGGCGCUCCUCUGGCGCAACGCCCUGCUGAAGCUGGUGUUCACGGCAGUGGGGCCGCUCUGCUAUUUUUUCCUCGUGGGACACGUGGCGCGCUGGAAGAUAUUCGGGCCGAUCACCUCGCAGGUGCUCGUCUAG